AUGCCUCAAACAGCAAGUCACCUCACCGCUUCAACGGAGGUUGAGGCGGAUCCUGUCCUCUGCUCCAGCAGAGCUGGAGUCCCCAGUCGGGAUCCCCAUCGGAAGUUCGGCCGAAGAGACACCAGCCUUCCGACUCAAGGCGAACCACAAGCGCCGAUCGGGGUACAUUCUCCUGACCAUACACCGCCGCAGAUCGGGACCCCUGUGGCUUCGCCUACUGCACGGCCCUCAGGCUCUCCUCCCCAAACUCGUCGCCGCUUACGAAUGGAUAAAUUUCUUAAAAGAAAGUCAAUGGUAAAUGAAGAAACAAGUCAAAGAGAAAAAAGUAAUCUAGAGUUACAACAUGUUCCCUUAAAAAAAUCUCAAGUUGAAAUCAAUUUGGAUGAUCUUCAAUCAGAUCCUGGGUUACGGGUAAAGAUUUCAAACUAUGAUCCUAAUGAUCGGGAAAAAGUGAGAAGAGCUUACCUGCAGAAAGGACCUUGUCAACCUCGCAAUCAUAAUUUUCCACAAAGAAAAAUCGGUAAAGCAUCAAGAAGAUUUUGUCCAUCUUGGUUUAAUGAAUUUGGAAAUUGGUUAGAAUAUAGCAUAAGUAAAGAUGCUGCAUUUUGUUUGUGUUGCUACUUAUUCCGACCAGAUUUUGGAAAACAAGUAGGUGGAGAUUCAUUUACUUCAGUUGGGUUUACUAAUUGGAAAAAAAAAGAGAUUUUUGUUAAACAUGUUGGAAGUUCAAAUAGCGCACAUAAUCAAGCUUGGCAGAAAUGUGUAGAUUUGAUGAAAGAAAGUCAACACAUUGAAGUUGCUCUUACCAGGCAAACAGAGCAAGCUCGCAAUCUUUAUAGAGUCAGGUUAACUGCUUCAGUUGAUUGCAUACGAUUUUUGUUACGCCAGGGGUUAGCUUUUCGAGGGCAUAAUGAAUCUGAAAGUUCAUUUAAUCAAGGUAAUUUUCUUGAACUUUUGAAAUUCGUUGCAGAUCAUAAUGAAGAUAUAAAGAAUGCAGUUUUACAAAAUGCUCCGGAAAAUAAUCAAUUAACUUCUCCUGAAAUUCAAAAAGAUAUUGUAAAUGCUGCUUGUCUUGAGACUACAAAUGCCAUAUUGAAUGAACUUGGAGAUGAAGUGUUUGCCAUAUUAGUUGAUGAAUCACGCGAUAUAUCAGAUAAAGAACAAAUGGCUAUUGCUUUACGUUAUGUAAAUUUGAGAGGCAUUGUUGUUGAACGUUUCCUUGGGAUUGUUCAUGUUGGUGAUACUUCUUCCCUGUCACUAAAAAAAGCUAUAGAAUCACUACUUUCAUAUUAUGGAUUGAGUAUAGCUAGAAUUAGAGGACAAGGAUAUGACGGUGCAAGUAAUAUGCGAGGAGAGUUUAACGGGCUCAAAAGUUUGAUUUUGAAAGAUAAUCUUUUUGCAUAUUAUGUUCAUUGUUUUGCACAUCAACUGCAACUUACUAUUGUUGCAGUAGCAAAAAAUCAUCUCCAAGUUGCUUCUCUAUUUAAUUUGGUUGCUAUUGUAGUCAAAGUAGUUGGAGGUUCAUGUAAAAGACAAGAUAUCUUUCGAGAGAAACGAAUGGCUGAAGUUAAAAAAGCACUUGGAAAUGGAGAAAUUUUCAGUGGUCGUGGCUUAAAUCAAGAAUCUGGGCUUAAAAAAGCUGGUGAUACUCGUUGGGGUUCACAUUAUGGCACAUUGAUGAGUUUAAUUGUGCAUUUUUCCAUUGUUCUUGAUGUUUUAGAAUAUGUAGUGGAAGAUGGUGCUCAUUCAGAACAAAAGGCUGAAGCUGCUGGUCUUUUGGAUUCUUUAGAAACAUUUGAUUUUGCUUUCACUUUGCAUUUACUGAAGAGCAUUUUGGGUGUUACAAAUGAACUUUCCCAGAUUUUGCAGAGAAAGAAUCAAGAUAUUGUCAAUGCCAUGAUACAAGUUAAAAUCUCAAAAAAGAGAUUGCAAUUGAUGAGAGAUAAUGGUUGGGAUGAUUUAUUGAAUGAAGUAAUGAUGUUUUGUAAUUGCCAUGAUAUUGUAAUUCCAGACAUGAAUGAAGUUCGUGUUCUCAAAGGUAGAUCAAGACGUAAAGCUCCAAUUGUUACCAAUUUACACUACUACAAGGUUAGUCUAUUUUAUGAAGUCUUGGAUAUGCAACUUCAAGAGCUUAAUGAUCGAUUUGCAGAAGUAAAUACUGAAUUGCUUCUUUGUAUGGAAUGUCUUAGCCCAGAAAAUUUGUUUUCUGCUUUUGACAAGGAAAAGUUGCUUCAAUUUGCUAAGUUUUAUCCCGCAGAUUUUUCAUCAAUUGAGAUUCUGGCAUUAGGUAAUCAGCUUGAUAACUAUUUUAUGGAUAUGAACUCCAGUAAAGAGUUUGCAAAUUUGAAAGGAAUAGGAAGUCUUGCGAGAGAAUUAGUUGAAACAAGAAGAGAUAUUGUAUAUCCAUUGGUGUAUAAGCUUAUUAAACUUGCACUUGUGUUACCGGUGGCUACAGCAACUGUGGAAAGGGCAUUUUCUGCUAUGAAGAUUGUGAAAAAUCGACUUCGAAAUCGAAUGGGAGAUCGGUGGCUGAAUGAUUGUUUGGUUACUUUUAUUGAAAAAGAAGUUUUUGAUACAAUUGACAAUGAAUUAAUAUUACGUCGUUUUCAAAAUAUGUGUACUCGUAGGGAAUUCUUGUAA